AUUCCAAGGAGACGAGUUGGCUUGAGACAGAUGAACUAGACCCUCUUCCUCUUCUCUAGGUCCCUGCCAAUCUGGUGCUGUUAAGGAAAGAACAGAGACUCACUAGACACAGGGAGGGAAAGUUCUAGAUGGAGAAAAUGCAAGAAUAUAUGAAUGUGUCUGAAGAGAAAUGGAACCCUAACAACUCAGGGAAGAACUUUGAAAGCUUUUUGGAAGCAAUCCAGAAAGCUUCUGAGCAAUUGCCAGAUACUACCUCUCAAAUUCUCAGUUUCCUGGAAAGAAAGAUCUUAAGCUGCAAGAGAAUAAGUUCUUUCACGAGCCUGAAUAUAAUUGAAACCAUCACCAACUAUUUAUUAAAUAUGAAUCCAGAGAAAGAGCAGGAAGAAAAAGCUGUUGCUGUUCUAUUAGCUAUAGGAAUCCACAGCCCCAAAAUGGUUAUUAGUAUUUUUUUGGAUCAAAUUAACACGCAAAGCCAGCCCCUACCAAGUCUUCUUCGGACGGUGGCGAAACUUCUCCACUAUCAAGGUGUAGCAUCCUACCUUGGUGCUACAUGGAACUGUGUUCUACGUCUCCUGAGAAAAGCCUCAACUGAAGAAGAAAAACUGGGAUUAUGUAAUUUGAUCAAUGCAUUGGCUGUUAGUGUCCUUAAACACAUUGAUCUGGGCAGUGAUGAAGAGACCAUGGGCAUCAAAAAGGAGCUGGUAUCCUUUAAGGCAUGCUUGACCAUCCGAGUGCUCUUUAAUCGCUGGUCCUUGAACACCACAGACAAGGUGACUGAAAGUACCUUGAGCAUAUUGGGAGACCUCUUCUUUCUCAUCUCACCACCAAAGUUGAAAUGUCAAGUAUGCUGGCUAAUUCGUCGUCUUUUGAACCUGAGCAAAGCAGGUGUGAAGCCCUUCUACAUUACUCAGUGUCUCUGCCAGCUCCUGGAAGCUGUGGCUGCCAGCGGGUCUGGGGGUAAGAAUCUGGAGUCGAAGCUGGAUGACCUUGUGGUGCUGUUGUCAUGGCAGGUGACUUUGAAAGUUGUCGAUACAGAUUCACAGUCAGUUCAGAACCAAAAAAUGGCCCUCAAGUCCUUCCACAUGAUGACACGGCUAUACCACCAACAGAUGGCAAAGUUGUUCCUGAAGAGCAUGGAGUGCAAGGAUGAACAAAAGGUCAUAACAACCCUCAACAUCUUCCGAGAUGUAUUCCAGGAGGUGCCCCAGACCAUGGAACUAAAGAAUGACGUGAUGCAGACCACUCUAAAUCUAAUAAAGGAGGACUCCAAAGUAGUACGGUUGCCUCUACUACAUUUUAUUGAAAAAUUAGGUGUGUGUAACUAUUUCACCCUGCAACAAGGCGAUAUAAUUAUCAACCAUCUCAUCAAUCUCAGUCAGAUUGGAUCCACCACAGUUGACGAAGAAACCCGGGAUUUGUCCAUCAAUAUCCUCCAUCUGGUGUCCCUGCCCAAGCUGAUAUAUUUGUUGUGUCAGCCUAUGACCCCCAUGGCAUUUGUGCCCCUCUGCAAGACUGCCACUGACAUCGCAAUGAAGGCUCAGACCAUGGGACAGCCCCCCUACCUUAGCAGCUACCAUCUUAACCCCAUCAAUAACCCUUCCCCACAACUGAUCUUUGCCAACCUUCUGCUAUCUUCAUUGAUGCCAUAUAAAGCAAAGGAAUUUGGCAAAAUCUCCCUUUUGCUGUUGUAUGUUCUCCAUCCUCUCAGCUCCCUGCAUCCCGUGAUCCACUACAAAUUGGGCCAAGUGUGGAUGAGAAAUAUUCCUUAUAUGAUUCAGAUUUUGGAGAAACACACCGAAGAGGAAUUUGUUCAGGAAAAUUGGGAGAAAAGGCUGCUUUUAUUUUCACAUAAUACCAUGGUGGCCAUUGAUGAUGACUCCUGGAUGAAGGAAUUAAUCAAAGUGGUAUUUGAGAAGAUCAAAAGCUUCACAUGGUUGCAACAGAAGAAUGAGAAAUUCUUCUUAUACAGACUUGUUGGUUACAUUCUGAAGACUUCUGAGGACUAUAACUUUGUAUACACAAUAUUGUAUGAUAUUCUAUAUAUCACUCAAGAGGAAGAGUUGGAAAGCCAGGGCAUUGGUGAUGCUAUUGGUAUUGUGGCUACCAGCCAUCUUCAGACAGUCCUCAAUGUACUUCAAGAUUAUAGCAGUAUACUUACCAAUAAGAAGACAUCCCUUCUCUUAAAGCUCAGCAAAGAACUUCGACAUAAGGAGUGGUUAAAAGCCUGCAACACUAUCUAUAUUGCCUAUAGCAGGAUUUUAAAAGAAAUCAAGCUCGAUAUUGGUCCCCAGGGAGACCUCAUCUUAUCUUUAACCAUAAAUCACUACCAAAAUUGUAUCAUAGAAAAGAAUAAGGACCUGAAGCUGAAUUAUCUGAAUUACCUGGUAAAGUUAACAAGCAUCUUGGCAAACCUGGAUCACUUAGGCUUCCUUUUCUCCUACAAAGUGAAGAUGAUCUACUUCAUGAUGGAAAUGAUGAAACAGGAGCCAACAACUUCCAUCUCCAGUUCUGUUAGGCAGAAGGCAAUGAUAAUCAUCUCAAAUCUCAGGAAGCUGCACCCCGCCUUAACUCUAGAAGACAGGAAGGAACUGCUCAGAGUUAGCUUUAAAAGCAUUGUUGGUCUGCCUCCGUUAGAGGUUAUGCAGGCGGAUGUACCAUUAAAGGAGUCCCAAUCUGUCGCGACUCUGUUCCGGGACACAUUGCAGGUUCUACGGAAGAUGUUGCAGGGGUUGGUCAUGGAUAUGCCAACAUGGGUCCAGAACUAUGUGGAGUUUCUGGAAAUCUGGCUCAGUUCUCAGAAGGACCAUGAGAGGGAACGAGCCUUGUGGUGUGGCGUUCGCAUCCUCAGUUUCACUGCCCAGAUGCAUAAUUUUGAUAUUGACAUUGAGUUCUCCCGGCUGGGGCGACUGGUGAGGCUUCUGGCCAUACUUUGCCAAGAUUCGGUGGACAACAUUAGCUUCCUGGCCUCACAGGCUCUUUACAGUCUCUACUGCAUCAUGCUACAGAAGAAAAAGUUGAAUCAGCUUAAGGAGGAGGUACGGGAAGACCAUCCCAAGAAAGAAGGUGUCUACAGUCCCUCUGUGUUCCAUAAUAACACUUCUGAGAUUGCUAAGGCUUUUGCAGAAUACUUCAACCCAAAGGAGCUCAGCAGCCUAGUAUUGGCUGCCAUGGAGGGUUUAACUGACAACAGGGCCAAGAUCUCUCUGGCUUCAGGGAAACUUGUGAGUGCUCUUCUAGAGGAGAGAGGGAAAGACAUGUUAAAGGUUGAUCAAAUUGUUGAUAGCAUCUAUGAUAAAUUGAAAUUCCAGUUGGAACCAGCCACAAGAAUGGAGUUACUGCAAGCCAUCUGUUCACUUGCAGGCAACAACACCUGCAAUGUAAUGCCUAUGCUGCUGAAGCGUCCACUUCCUUGGGAAAAGGCUCCUCCUCAUGGGUCUGGGGCCAGCUCUGGGAGUAUAGCCAUCAGGUCGCACAAUUUAUGCAUCCCUGGAUCCUGCAGAAUCAACAUGGAACUAUGGAGAGUUUUUGGCACCAAGAGGAAGACCACAAUCAACGUCCUCCAGAUGCUUCUAUCUAUCUUGGAAGAGAGGCGCUAUAAGCAGAGCUACCAGGAGAUAUCUUUCCGUCAUGUGGCGGUGACCUGUGCCCUGUGCGAGAUGUUGUCAGGGACAGAGUCCAGGCUGGCUGUGCUGGAGUUCUGCCCCCGGCUUCUGCUGGCUAUCCUAAAUCAUUUAUAUUGGGUGAUUGAGCAGAAUGUCCCCCAGAAUAUGGUGGUGUACUGUAAGGAGGACAUCAGAGGCACCAAGACCAUGAUCCUUGAUCCUGUCAGUUGUGCAUUGGAAGCUAUCAAGACCAUGUUGAUAGCUGCUGAGUAUUAUGAUGUUGUGUCCUAUGCUGACCAGCACCGUGGCUGGGAUCUAUUAUCCAGUCCCAAGUAUUACUACAUGGGAAUCAUUGAGUUAACAAGCAACCCUUGGACUCCUGUGUCCCAUCCCAGUGGCAUAGUGAGGAACUGUGACUCCAGUAUUCUGCAUCGAGUUAUGGACCACGUCAAGCCACUCCUGUACAGUAUGGAUGAUAGGCAGAAGGUCAUGGCUAGGGCUUUGUUUGUCCAGCUCCUGUGGCACCAGUCAGUGGCCCUGACCUUUGGGGAAAGCUUCCUGAGUCACCUAAUUAAGUGGAUCCAUGAACCCAAUGUCAUCAUGCAAGAGAUUGGACUCCGGGGAAUCAGUAACCUGGUACUACACCACGGGCAGGAAUCGACACUUGCAUCUCUACUUCCAAUCAUUCAGAGCUUCCUGAAAGAGGAAGAAUUGGUAGCAGUGCAGGCAGUGAAAGGUCUCCGUAACAUCAUCUGUUAUACCCGAGGCAAUGUGAGCAAGAAAGGCUUUUGCAGCAUUUCCAGACAGCUACGACCCCUCAUCAAUGAUGAGAGGGACCAGGUCCGGAUUUCAGCCACCUCUGCCCUUAGCCACAUGCUCCAUCAAGUCUUCAAGUUCAGGCCACGCUCUAAGACUCGGAAGGAGCUUUACAGUUUCCUGGUCCCACUAUUGAUCAGCAUUCAAGAUGCUAACAUUGAAGUGGCUAAGGUCUGUGGAAGGGCUUUGACUGAGUGGGCCCAAGGGUUCGGAUGGAUGUCCCUUGAGCCAGCAUUCCAAAACCCAAUCCUAAUUGACCAUGUCAGGAUAUUGGAAGAAACAUGCAAAUGCCUGGUUGGCACAGGCCACAGUUUGUUGGUGGGAAAGUUGCUGUUCCAGAGCUUUGACUUUCUACAGAGCCCACGGCCGACCCUUAGGGCUGCAGCGAUCACAUUUAUAGGGCAAACAGUUAUGAAGUUAAACAUGAACCAACUGUAUGAAGAAGAUGUACAGCUGUUGCUGAAUACCCUUCAAGAUCUAAAGGAUGACCCUGUGGAAUCUAUACAGGGUUUAGCUUCCAUCACGAUCAAGAAAAUGAAAACAGCUUAUGUGAAGUCCUCAAUGUCUUCUAAUUUACAGAUGAAGCAUACUUUUAUUAAAAUCCCUAGUUUUGGUAACAAGAAGCGACUCUUUAAGAACAUACAAUCCAGUGAUAAAGUCAAAAAGAACACUUCAAAAUGUACUAAAUUUUGCCACUGGAAAAUAUCAAACAUUUGGCACAGUUCUGAUGAUAGCACAAGAGAAAGGGAUCACCAAAGAAAAACUCUUCAGUUUCCCAGGAGAAUACUUCCCCAAAAAAAUGAAACACGAAGUUUUGAAAAGGACCCAGAGAAAAAGUCUUUAGUUUCUCAGGAUAAUGCUUCCCUAGAAAAAUGAAACACAAACUUUAGAAAAGUCUAUGUCCCAAGUUCAUAAAGAGCUCAAAACCUCCUGACCCUUGAUCUCUUUUUGGAGUUUGAGACUGAACUUUUCCCCAGCUGUUUCCUUUGCAGCGGGAGUUUUGUUCCAGAUGAUCUUUUCCUGGUUUUGUACAAGUGAAUGGAUUACCCAUACCUAGCUCCCUCUUCCUUUUCUUCUCCCACACUCCCAGGGUUAGGUAGAAACCUAAGACAUGGUUCUGGUUUUCAGGAAAUGCUGUUUCUAUUCUACCCUUUAUUUUAGACCUCUUUUCCCGCAUAACUUUGUUAAUAAAACGUCUUUCCUUAUUUUAAGAAAAAGUGGCAUUCAUCUCAUGGGUUUUAAUUGCCAGGGGAAGGUAAGGGCAUGGUGUUGGAGAAGUGGAAUUGCAUGUAAUCCUAUAAAUCAGGACUGCUUAAGAGUUUUACAUCACAAAUAGAGGGAGACUCCCCCUCAGUUGUCUUCUUUCUCUCUUUCAUUUUUGUCUUUAUAGGAUGGUUACUUCUAUAUCUUCCUUUCACUGCUAGACUUAUCUAAUGGAUAGCCUGGACUUCCUUCUCUCGCUACCUAUUCUUUCCUUAAUUAUGUAAGAGUUCUGCAACUCUUAAUGGCUAAAUUCACCAAAACUUUCAGUGGCUAAGCAAAGAAACAAGAAAAUAAACUAAUGAUUGGAUAAAAAAAAAAAAGAAAAAACAAACAAACCCAAGCUUCUUACUCUGAAGAUAAAGCAAACGUUUCCUUGUUUCAACUCUUACACUUUUUCUGUAUAAACUAAGAGAUAGUAGCUAAGGCUUCUUUGAAUCAUGCACCUA